AUGGCUUCAGGAAGUGAAGAUGAGCAACAGGGGGCUUGGUACUUUGGAUCGAAUUCAUACGUUCCAGAGUCUAGUUCUGAAUCAGAAGAAGAGCCACAGAAAAUGGAAGAAAUAGGACCACAGCAACAAAAUCAGCAUAAGCCAAAAGUCACGAAUGAGUUAAGGCAACUUAUUUUCCAAGAGAUGUUGUCACUAAAAGUUAGUGACUUACUUCCUCAUGGUACAUUCAAAUGUAUAGCUAAGAAAUACGGCUGCACACAUAGAACCAUCCGAGAUUUAUGGAAACGAGCAAUACAAACCAAGGAAGCAAACAAACCAUACAUUGUGGAAUCUAAGUACAAAAAUUGUGGAAGAAAAAGAGUGGUCGUACCACCAAACUUACUUGAGUCUAGACCCAUUGGCGAACGCACUUGCAUUAGAGAUGUUGCAACAUGUUUAGAUUUGGCACCAACAACGGUGUGGAGGUUGAUAAAAAGAGGCGAGAUAAAGGCUCAUUCAAAUCCACUACACCCGGCUUUAACCGAUGCCUUAUCCAAGAAGACAUCAUUCAAAGACACCCGAUUUACAAACACAAAAGAAAAGGUCCCAUAUAAGGCAGCGAAGUCAUCAAAGUUCAUACCUAAGGCCAUGUUCUUAGGGGCCGUUGCUAGGCCUAAAUGGAAUCGUUUUGGUCAAUGUACGUUUGAUAGAAAAAUUGGAAUUUUCCCUUUUAUCAAUAGGGUGGUAGCACCAAGAGAUUCAAAGAAUCGACCAAGGGGUUCAAUAGAAAUUAAACCAACUGAAUCAGUUAAUCAAGAAGUUUAUAGGAGACCUUCCAUUAUUUUUAUUCAACAAGAUAAUGCAAGGGUUCAUAUCACAAACGAUGAUCCAAUAUGGCAACAACACAAUAGGCAAGGGGGUUUAACUUUCAUUUUUACUCAACAACCUCCAAAUAGUCCGGAUUGUAAUAUUCUAGACUUGGGUUUCUUUAGGAGCAUAGAAUCACUUAUGCAUAAAAAGAUGCCCAAAAACAUGACAGAAUUAAUCACAGCGGUUGAGGAUGCAUUCAGAGAGCUAUAUCCAAAGACCUUAAGUAAUUUAAGGGGUGUAAUGACUACAUACAACCACACUUUGAAAAGAAGGUUUAAAGAAGACAAUGACAGGUUAAGGAUUCAAGUGAGAAUUCCAACACAAUUGGUUAGAGAAGCUGUAGCUUUUCUUAACCCAAAUAGGAAUCAGCAACAAACACAAGCAUUAACAGAAAAUGAGGAUGUUGCACAAACAACAGAGAUCAUUCAAGAAGCUUAUGAUCAGGCAGUUGAAGAAACUCAAAGAUGA